UGCAGAGCUACAGAAAUGGCGGCUGACGGAGGUACCUCUUCGCUGGUAUUACCCUGCGCUUUCUCCCCGAAAUCACGCCAGUACCUGGCCGUGUGUGCGCAGGACGGCAGGCUGCGUAUCUGGGACACAGAUAGCAAAGCGUUGCACCAGGAAUACGUACCUUCAGCCCAUCUGAGUGCCACAUGUACCUGUAUAGCUUGGGGACCAUGCCGGACGGCCAAGGAGGGACCUCAGAGGAAGAAGAGGAAAUCUGAGGCAGGGCAGGCGGUGGAGCGGGCAGACCUGCUGGCUCUCGGCACGGCGGCCGGCACUGUCAUCAUCUACAGUACAGUGAAAGGGGCGCUGCAUAGCACCCUGGACGGGGGUCACAGUGGGGGAGUGAACAGUGUGAGGUGGCAUCCAGUGGAGGCGCUUUUGUACAGUGGCUCUGAAGAUACGCACAUUGCUGAGUGGGACCUGCAGACUGGGAAGACUCGCUGUAAGUGGAAGGCGGACCGUGGGCCGGUGACCAGCCUCUGUGUGAGUCCAGAUGGCCGGUUGCUCCUCUCUGCUGGGCAAACCAUAAAAAUGUGGGACCUUGAGACCAAGGAGGUGUACCGAAGGUUCACAGGUCACUCCACGGCAGUGACAACUCUGUGCUUUGCCACGACGCGUCCCCCUGACAGCGAUGGCCUCUAUUUCCUGUCAGGGGCAGCCCACGACAGGCUCCUCAGUGUUUGGCAAGUACGGUCUGAUGGGAAAGACAAGAAUGCGGUGGUCUCUUUCACUCUGACAGAUGCGCCACAGCACAUUGAUCUCAUCUCGUCUGACAGCAAGGAGGAGGCGGUGAGGCUGGCGGUUGUUUGCAAGGAUGGACAGCUGCAUCUCUUUGAGCACUUUCUGAACGGGCCCUGCAAGAAGCCCCUGUCUCCUUCCUGCUCGGUGCUGGUUUCAGGGGUGGGGGGUCAGGGGGGCAACGGGGACACCCCGGUCCCUGUACCCCUGCUGGCAGCAGCCCUUGGAACAGACAAGCAGGGGCUGCUGCUGGCCUACGGCAACCACCUGCAGCCUGUCAUUGAGAAAGCGGCGGUGAACACAGCAGAGAGACAUGUCUGCUUGGUUCGCGACAUCCAAGCCACUCUCACCCUGUCCAUGGACACAGCAGUCUCCAAGGUGAAAACCCCAGUUGUCAAUGCGAAUGUCAAAGUGCUCGCUCCUGGACUUCCUGGUCACCAAGCACCAGUCAAAGCAGGUCGUGUGGAAUCACAGAAAAGAAAAACGGGCUCCAACACUGAGAUGUCCAUUGAGGAGCGACUGGGAGAAAUCGAUCUCUCUCCUGUUUCUGGUGGAAAGGGGGGUCAGAAGGGGGCUCCCUCCUUACAGACAGACAGCUAUGCAGUUUUGCUGGUGCAAGGGCUGGAAAGCAAGGACAGCCAGAUCCUUAACAAAGUUUUCCAAACUCGGAAGGAAAUGUUGAUUAAAAAGACAGUGGCCCGGUUACCCAUCCCUGCAGUCUUACCAUUGGUGGAGGAGCUCACCAAAAGAAUUCAAGGCCAUCCAUACUCGGCGGCGCUGAUGGUCCGCUGGCUUAAGGCCGUCCUGUUGCAGCACACUUCCUACUUAUCAACGUUGCCAGACUUGGUUUCCCAGCUGGGAGUGCUGUACCACAUGAUCGAGGGCAGAGUCAAGAUGUUACAAAAGCUAACCAGACUCCACGGCAAGCUGUACCUGCUAAUGACACAGGUGGCAGCAGGUGAAAGUGUCCAUACUGUCACAGAUGUGGACCACACUGCUAAGCUUGUCUAUGAGGAGGAGUCCUCGGAUGAAGAGGAGGGUUCGGGCGAUGAGGGGCUUCCUGAGGAGGACUCUGAUAACUGGGAGGAGGAGGAAGGUAUGGAGGAUGAGCCAUCAAACAGAGAACAUAAAGCAGAGGAAGAAGAGAAGGAUGAAGAGAUGAACGAUGAAUCAAAAGUUAAUGGGGAUUCAGACUUGGAUCCUGAGAAUGAGAGCGAAGAAGAAUGAGAAACAACAAAAUAAUUAAAAGGACCCAAAAGAAAGGAAAAGAUUUAUAUAUGAUUUCGUUUUAUUUCCAAGUUUUGAUUUUAUUUUAAUAGAACAAACAGUUUUAUACAAAAUUUAAAGAAAGCAGCAUCCUGUCUGGGCAGUGCUACCUUACAGGAGCUGUAACCCACAACUGCCACCAGGGCGGCUACACUGAACUCCAAACUAGGCUGAGAACUGACACUGGGCAACAGUGUCUGAACUGUGAGGGUGGGAGGUGGAGGAAUAUGGACUGUUUCCCCUCCCGCGCCCCACUGCCUCCCCUCUUCGACCAGUCUCAGCUGUGGUGGUAUUGUGUGCCCCUCUUCUAUAAUCUAUAUGUGAAAUGGCGAGACUCGUCCCUCUCGCCGGACCUGGUGGUAAAUUAGGUUCACGCAGUGUAAAUCUGUCUGUACAGUGCAGUGUUUGUAUGGACCCGGGCUCCCUACAUACCGUGGGAUUAAACCAAUUCUGUAACCUGUCUCCCUGUGAAAUAUCUUUUAGUCUCUGCUCCCCCCUCAUCCUAUUUUCUAUGCCUUCAAACCCCUUCCAGGUGCCAUGGGUAAUGUGGAGCAUAGGAACAUAACCUUUUCCUUCCUUAUAUCUACAAGGGCAAUUUAGAUGAAGAAUUUCAAUGUGAAUUUUGCUCUGCUAGGUGAAUAAAUAAUCAUUAAAAUGGUUUCAUGUGUUGUACACACGAAUGUGGGGGUUCAAAAGAAGUAUUCAUGAACUGCAUUUAGCUCGUGUUAAGUCUUCAAUUUUGCAUUUCAAAAUCAAGGCAGUAGCAUCAAAUGUAGGUGGGGUAAAACUGAAAUUCCUUGUUCCAUAUGCAAAGCAUGAGUGUAUUUGCUUUUAAAAAAAAUCAUCCAAAAGUGUUCCGUUAUGUUUGUAAAGCUUUUAAUGCAUAAAGUUAUCCUCCUGAGACCAACAGUGGUGACAGAUUUCAUGAAGUUUUCAGCAUACCCUCACUCCUAGCAAAGUAUUAUUUUAUGGACAUGGCCUAACAAAUGAACAUUCGUUUUUCUAAUACUUUGGCAAUUCAUGGUUAACCAUUCAUCUUAAAGGAACUCCACAAUCAGACAUCAAUUUGUAUGAGGUGCACUUCACAUACAACGCAAGAACAGGUAUAUUAAAAUUACAUUAUGGAAAAAA